UAAAACAUCACCUAUUUCUUUAUUUCUUUCAGAUAUUUGCCUGAUGUAAGAAGACCUUGUUAGACUAUGCUAAUGAAGUGCAAAGUUUUCUUAUUUUGGCUUGUAAGCUGCUUGGUUACCCGAAUUUGUGAAGCGAUAAAUUACACCGUGAAGGCUGGAGACAAAUUUGAAUGUAAAACUGAAAUAAUGUUUUCUAAAUACGAUGUUAUUUGGACUCUAACAGCAUCUAAUGGAACAGCAAUAAAAAUAUUCACCUAUGAUUCUCAGUUGAAAAACUACAUAGACGUAUCUUAUAAUCCAGCGCCAACACUACCUAAACCAAAAGAAGAGAAUAUUUUCAAGAACAACAUGCGAAUUCUGGGACCACUGAUUGGACCUCUUAUUUUUAUCACCAUCGUACUGGGAAUGAUAUGGGACGGAGUGGUCUAG